AUGGCAAAACGAAAACUUUUAGUUGCCCUCAGCAUUUGCUUACUGCUACAGUUCGUCGCUUCUAUACCGCAUUAUCGAGUGCCAAACUCACUCGAGAACGAAGAUGAUCUCAGCCUUAAGCAAACUAAAUCACAAACGCCAUUAGAAGAAUAUCUUGCCUCGGAGAUCUUACCACUCAUGGUCUAUACCGCUAUACUUGUUGAUGAGCGCAGUCGUAAUGUCAUACGUGCAUCAAAUAUCUUUCUAAAGCAAGCAGUUGAGGUACUUAUCAAGCUGCCAUUGGAAAGUGAAAGCAUACAUUCAAAUAUUACGCGUUUUAGUAAUUUGGUAGAACGUAUCGAAGGCAUUGAUUUGGAUGGCGAUUCGUCUGCGGUGUUAGCUCAAAAAUCCACGCUUCUAAAAGAUAUAACAUUUUUGCUAGCUGACAUUGAUCUUACAGCCAGAGGGAGUGUUGCUGGCCGAGAUGCCGUAUUUUACAUCAAACCAUAUUUAAAAGAUUUUCAUAAAAACUUGUUAAGGUCGGCAGAUACUGUUGUUCAUAAAUUUUCAAUAAUAUUUGCAAGAUUUUGGAAUUCGCUUAGCGAAACUGGGAAGAUGCAACUAUCAGAGUUAAGUGAUUGGUGGAUGCAUUUUCAAGGAGCAAAAAGUAGCGAAGAGAAGUUUAAACACUUUGCUAAGUUUUUCGAAAUAUUUAAAAUCUAAGCACAAAAUGUGUAAAAUACUUUUAAUAAAAAUUAGCAAUUUUAAGUAAAUAAAUAUGGCACGCCUGCCGUAAAGAAUAAAGAAAUGAAACGUAA